AUGUCUGUUAUAUCCCGGCAUGAAUAUUACAAUCCAAAAUCUGGUGAAGCAGCAAUGGAAUUUAUUCAUCUUACAGAUGAGAAACUUAUUGAAGAACUUACAUUUGAUAAAAGUGAUUCAUUCUAUUGGCUUAAACAACAAGCAACACAAGGCGUUGUAUCAGCUCAAAGUUAUUUAGGUGGAUUAAUGUAUAAUGGUCGAAAUGGUCUAACGCGUAAUAUUCAAGCUGCUGUAGAAUAUUUUCGUUUAGGUGCUGCUCAAAAUGAUGCUGCAUCACAUUAUAGUUAUGGAUUAGCUCUUCUCAAAGGACAAGGUGUAAAACAAAAUAUAACUGAAGCUAUUAUUCAACUUGAAAAAGCUGUUGAGCAUGGUUAUCUUGGUGCACUAGUUUCUUUAGGUUAUCAUGCAUAUGAAAUGGAAAAGAAUUAUACAAAAGCAGUACGAUAUUGGAAAGAUUGUUUUGAUCGAAUACAUGAUAUUCAUUGUGCUUAUAAUCUCGGUAUCAUGUGGACAGCUGGUCAUUAUCCACCACAUUAUGUUGUAGAUCAUGUUCAAGCUUGGUAUUACUAUUCAUUUGCUGCAUUACAUGGGCAAAUUGAUGCAAAAACUGUUGUAGCAUAUUAUAAUGCACGUGGAGGUCAUCCUGUUAUUAUUAGAAAUGCUUCACUUUCUGCGAUCUGGGCACGUAAUGUUGCUGAAGAAAGUUCAGGAGUAGGAACAAUCGCUCGACGAGCACUUGAAGCUUAUCGUGAUAGACGAUGGCAAACAUCAUUUAUAUUUUAUUUACAAACUGCAUUAGCUGGUGUUAAACUUGGAUAUUUUAAUGCUGGUUAUUUAUGUAAAGAUUUUAAAAAUGAAAGUUCAUACGAUUGCAUAGAAGAAUUCUUAAACAAAUAUUUAUUAAUACAUGGUGAUAAUACAAAUGUAGAUUCUUAUGCUUUAUCAACUGUUGCUGAUUACUAUCAAUGGAAUAAAACAAAUCUAACAAAAGUAAUACAACUCUAUGCUCAAUUAUAUCGAAAUGGUGAUCCACAAGGUUUAUAUAAUUUAGCUCAAUUGGAAGAAAACGCGAAUUCAAAUAAUACAAUUCCAAUGGAUAUUUGGAUAGAUAUUGGUAUUAAAUUUGAUGAAAAAAUCGUAUCAAAUCGAUAUCGAAAAUUACAAGCUAUUUAUCAACAUUGUCGAAAAUUAAAAACAGCAAAAUCUGAUGAAUCAUAUAUUCCCUGUACACUUGCUUAUAUAAAAGUAUCGACAAUAUUUUUUCUUAAUGAACAAUCUAAGAUUGUUAUAACCAUCACUCUUACAAUAUUAACAACAUAUUUAUACUUUUAUUGA